AUGGACUUUCUCUCCAAAGUGCGCCGGCUUCCUGCUGCUCCUCAUCCGAAUGACGAUCCCGCAUCCAUCAAAGGCAACCUUCCGUUGGAGAAGAGGCAAUUGUCUGCCAACAUCUUCGCGUGGCAUAUCGGGAACUUCCCAGGCAGCCGUGUCUUUGGACACACCGAAGUCGAGGAUCUGAGGCUGGCCGAGGCGGACGUUCGGAACACGAGCAUGGGCGAGAACUUGGAGCUGCUUGAAGACACCAUCUCGCCGGAAGAUGCGCGUCAGCUGUCGUUGCAAGGUCGGACUGUCUGCGAGAUAACAGUGACUGAACAGAUGCUGAAUGUGCAUCGAACCCUGGCCGGCAGUUGUUCAGCGCAUCUUGUUGACAUCGGAACGUUCUCAUCCCUCCUGACUCUAUCCCUGGUAACUGGUGUGGACUACACCGGCGUGUCAGCGUCGUUAAAUAUGACGUACCACGCACCCGCUACAUUAGGAACAGAGCUCCGUAUGGUGAGCACUAGCAUCUCAACCAGCGGCCGAAUUACAGCCGCUCGCGCAGAGGUGUAUGACAAGAGAACGUCAAAGCUACUCGUCUCCGCCGUGCAUACCAUCGCACCUUUCCAGACCUCCCGGAAGCAGAAGUUGACACACAAGGAGAGUUCAAAAGCGAGGCUAUGA